UUCCUUGCAGCCUUUUUUUUCUAGUAGGGUUAACAGCUAAAACAAAACUCUAAUUUCCCGUUGGCGCUCACUGGCUCCACAGCCAAAGCAAAUGUCGGAAACAAUCUCUUCUUGCCAACACUCAACCUCCACCAUCGACCCCGCUGAUCAUCUCCCUCUUUCUAUCCUUAGAUCCGACACCAUCCCACCAGCGCCAACCCGAUCCGGAGCCACUAUCGACUGGCUACCGGAAUUUGCUGGUUACGCAUGGAUCGCUUAUGGAGCCUCUUCCCUUUUGGUGAUUUCUCACUUCCCAUCCCCUCUUUCCUCCGACGAAUUUCUGAUCGGCCCCAUUCUCCGGCAAGUUUUCGAGCUCUCCGGCGACCAUUCAUCUGCUGUCACUGCCGUUUCUUGGUCCCCAGUAACGCCGUCGAUAGGAGAGCUUGCUGCUGCGUCAGACAACUGCAUCUAUGUGUUCUCACAUGAUUCCGGAAGCUCCAAAGGUUCAUUUUGUUGGAGCCAGAAUGCAGUGCUUUUACAGUCUACAAAGGUGGAAGCAAUCAAAUGGACUGGCUCUGGGGACGGGAUACUUGCUGGUGGAAUCGAUGUGAUUUUGUGGAGAAGGAGAAACAGGUCAUGGGAAAUAGCUUGGAAGUUUAAGAGAGAUGAGCCUCAAAAUCUGGUUUCUGCAACCUGGUCAAUUGAGGGACCAUCAGCAACUGCUGCCUAUCCAAGUAAAUUGCAUAUUAAAGGACCUAGCAGUGCAAGCAAAUGUGUGCUAGUAUGUUAUGGGGACAGCAUAUCUGAAUAUGAAAAAUUUGAGCUUCGUCAUCCUCAGCCUGUCUUUAUGCUUCAGUGGAGGCCACUAACAGCAAGACCAUCACAAAGAGAUGCAAAAUAUUUUCCAAGGAACAUGUUAUUAACUUGCUGCCUAGAUGGAACGGCAAGGCUAUGGACUGAGGUAGACAAUGGAAAGGUUAGAAAGUUUGGCAAGGAAAAUAAUGAUCGCAAAACAUCUAGGAAAUUCUUUUGUGUUGCUGCUGUAAUUGAGAUUAACCAGGUGUUGAAUGGAAAUUUGGGCACGGAUAUAUUUUUGAACUGGGCAAUAGAAAGCGGGGGUAUAUAUAGAACUGGAGAAGACACUAAUCAGAUCUUCUCCACUGAAAGGUAUGGACAUGACAGGGUUGGCAGAUGUGAGUGGUUCAUUGGGUUUGGUCCAGGAACUGUAAUUACUUUUUGGGCCAUUCAUUGUCUUGAUGAUGUCUCGCCCAUGAGGUUUCCUCGUGUUACACUGUGGAAGAGACAAGAACUGCAGGACCUUGAAGGGGGACAUCUUCAUGGAGCUGAUUUUUCAAAAUUUAACGAUUCUUUACUUCUUAAUAAGGUCAUUAUCUUGAGGAACUGCUUGUCUGGUCCACCUGAAAUAUGCUCUUUGGUUCAUUUAUUACCUUGUAAUUCCUUGGUUUGGUCUCUGUUACAUACCCAAAGAUUUGGUGAUAUUGAGAACACAUUAUUUAACAAUUCAAGGGUAUAUAAGUACUUAUCAUACUCAGCUCGUGGUGUUCUAAAUGGGGGACAUACUGGAAAAAUCUUAGAAGUUGCUAUGCAUCCUUAUAUUUAUGAACUUGAAUUGGCUGCUUCUUUGGACUCUAAUGGGUUGGUUCUAUUUUGGUCUGUUUCAACCAUUUCGAACUGCAAUUUGGACUUUUCUACAUUUAUUCCGACAUGGAAACUUUGUGGAAAAUUUGUAACUAAUGAUUCAUGUUCCAAGUAUACAAGCUUGAAGUGGGCACCUUCUGUGUUGGAUGAAGACUGUGUACUUCUUAUGGGCCAUGUUGGAGGAAUAGAUUGCUUUCUAGUUAGGAUUUCUCAAAUUGAAGGAGAAGAAGACAUAGUAUGUCACUUUAUAUGCACCAUACCUCUAACAGGUCAUGGUCCUUAUGAGGAUGGUGUCCUCAACAUCUUUGCAAUACCCCUUCCUUCUACCUGUGACAAGACAUUUGAGUACAAUAAAUUUAUGCUUUUGGGGGUAUGGAUGAAAAGCUUUCAAGCUCUAUCAUGGGAAGUCACUUUACAUUCCUAUGACUUACCAGCGACUUCCUGUGAAUGUAAUUUUGAUGAUCAAAACAGCCCUAUGUUCACAUGGAAAUUUGAAAAUACUUUUGCCAAUAAAAGAUACUGUCUUGGUGUUAACCCUUGCUCCUCUCAGUUUCCAGAGCCUUACUCUCAUGACCAGAUUACUAGUUUUUCUGUUGUAGGUCCAGGUAAUUUGAUUCCUAUGCAUGAAAAACUAGGAUUUGACAGAGGUAGUUGCUGCUGUGUUCCUGCCUAUAUUAUGGCUACUGGCUUCUCUGAUGGUAGCUUGAAACUGUGGAGAAGUAACUCUUCUAAAUUGCGAACUCCUCACUCUCAGAUACUAUGGGAACUUGUUGGUAAAUUUGUUGCACAUCAAGGCCCUGUUAAUGCUAUAUGUUUGACUGACUGUGGUCAGAAGAUUGCAACUAUCUCUGUGGCGAGUAAAAUAGAUGGCACUAGCAUUCUUCAUAUUUGGGACAGCAUAAACCUUAUAGGAGCUGGAUGUUUUGUGUUAGAGGAUAUAUUAUCCAUUGAUGGAGAUGUUGUGGCUUUAAAUUGGUUAGCUUUAGGUAAUGGUCGGUUAUUUCUUGGGGUUUGCACACAGAAUAAUUUGCAGGUAUAUGCUCAGAAGUGUUCUGGUGGUCAGACAUUGGUGAAGCUUGGAAAAUCUUUGAACCUGCACAAUUGGACUUGUAUUGCAGUUACUCAUACUUUCCCUGCUAUUCAUGACUUGCUUUGGGGCCCGCAGGCUGCAGCUGUUAUUGUUCAUGAUAACUACUUUAGUAUUUUUAGUCAGUGGUUGUUCCUUGUAGAUGAUGAACAACUGGCCAAACGCCAUUCAAAUUUUAUUAGGGUGGAUGGUGAAGUUGGAAAAGAUAAAGGCAUUCUUUCAUCUAUAUUCACUGAUUUGGAUAUCAGUAUUGGUGAUCUCACGAAAUCAUCACUUCCCAUAAAGAUUAAUGAUAAAAUUGAUUGCCAAUCAAGCAGUUUGUUUGUACCUAAGGCUCAGCUAAAACAUGGUUCAUGUCACAUGCUUGGUUUUUGGAGCCUGGUAGAAAUAGCAGAGAAGUUAAGGAGAACUUUACCUGUUUAUCAUCCUGAGGCUCUCCUUAUGAAUUUAUAUUCAGGCAAUUGGAAACGUGCAUAUGUAUCUUUGAGGCAUCUUGUUGAAUUUCUUACUUCUGGUCAUGCUUCUGAGAAAAAGUGUAGUUCUGGAAAGAAAUGCCAUAUUGCUCCACAGAUUCCUUUGUCGAACUAUUUUGAAAAACUUACGUUGAAAGAUUCAAUGGAUGAGGAAUUUCAAUGGAGUGCUGAUGCAAGAUUACCUACUUCAUCUUCACAGUUUUUUGUGCAUGACACCAUGUCCAGUGACUCCAAUCAUUUAUUUACUUCAUCUACAACAUCUGAGCUUUGUGGUUUUGUGGAGCCUCUUGAGAAGAUGUAUGAGUUAGCAGCUUUAACUAAUAUUGAGAAGUUGCAAAUUCUUGCUAUUAUAGAUCUUCUUACUGAAAUUCAGCACUCUUCUUCUGCCUAUGACAAUCUUGAUGAACCUGGCCGAAGGUUUUGGGUUGCUUUAAGGUUUCAACAGUUACAGUUUUGUCGAGGCUUUGGUAGGUCAUCAUCAGUGGAAGAAUUGGUAGUUGACACUAGGCUAAUGAGUUGGGCCUUCCACUCUGAGUGUCAGGAAACUUUGAUUAGUUCUUUUCUUCCAAAUGAACCAACAUGGAAAGAAAUGCAGACUCUUGGAGUUGGAUUUUGGUUUACCAAUGUUGCACAACUACGCACAAGGGUGGAGAAAUUAGCAAGAAAGCAGUAUCUAAGAAACAGAGAUCCUAAAGAUUGUGCCCUCUUAUACAUUGCAUUGAAUAGACUUCAAGUCUUGGCUGGUCUUUUUAAAAUCAGUAAAGAUGAAAAGGACAAACUCUUGGUGGGAUUUCUUUCUCGCAAUUUUCAGGAGGAGAAAAAUAAAGCAGCUGCUUUAAAAAAUGCUUAUGUCUUAAUGGGAAGACAUCAACUGGAGCUAGCUAUUGCUUUCUUUCUACUUGGAGGUGAUAAUUAUUCUGCAAUCACUGUCUGUGCAAAGAAUCUUGGGGAUGAACAACUUGCAUUAAUAAUUUGCCGGCUUGUUGAGGGUCAUGGUGGGCCAUUACAACAUCACUUGAUCACAAAGUUUAUACUUCCAGCUGCAACUGAGAGAGGCGAUUACUGGCUUGCAAGCCUGCUUGAGUGGGAGCUGGGCAAUUGCUUGCAGUCUUUUCUAUGCAUGGUUGGUUUCCAAACUAGUUCUGUGAUUGACAAAUAUGCUAUUUCAUCCAAUCACACUGCUUUUAUGGACCCCCAUAUUGGUCUACAUUGCCUCAAAUUAGCAACCAAAAGUUGCAUGAGAAAUGCCAUAGGGGAGCAAAAUGCUGCAACUCUCAGUAGGUGGGCAACUUUUAUGGCGGCAACUGCCUUCAACAGAAGUGGGCUUCCUCUUGAAGCUUUAGAGUGCCUCUCAUCUUCCUCCAGCAUUUCUGGGGGUACGGAUCAAGGGAGUAUAUUAGAUGUUGAUCAUACUCUAAUUCUACGCGGAAUUUUAAAGCCAUCUGCUAGUGAUUCCCUUAAUUGGUUGUCAGACAGUGUAGCUUUGCAUCUGGAGUCCUGUGCUAAAUUAGAUUUGGCUCUUCAGUAUUUCUCAAAGUUGAUGGUGGAGCAUCCUAGUUGGCCUGACUCUAUCUUAGGAUCUGUUCAACUGUCUACAUGCUUCAGGGAUUGUGAGGUUCAUCAAUACGAAGAAUUACAAAAAAAUUUUCGAGACAAGUUGUAUACAGGACUUACAAAGUUUGAGCAGAAGUUUUCAGUGGCUUCUUCUCACCUAAUCAAAAUGAUUUUGGUCUGGUUGUGCAAUAAUGGAUUACUGUUUAUUGGAUAUGAUAUAUUACUUGGCUAUGCUUCUCUAGAUCACUCAGAUGAGAGCCAUUCUGUUGGCAAAUUAGUCCUGUAUCGUGUUCUACAUAAGCCACUUUUGAAAUCUAUAGAAGAUAUUUCCCUUUUACUUUCACGGUUUAUUGUCUCCUGUAAUAUAACUUGCCUACAACCAAAAUCAUUUUAUAUUGACAAUGAUGUGUCUGGUGAAGUUAGAUCCACAUGGUCCGAUACUCAGGCACAUUACUUUCAAGGUAUCAUGCGAAUGUUGUGGAGUUUAAGAAGUGCUAUGAGGAUAAUUUGUGGCUUCUUAUCUGAGGAUGUGACUGCAAGGACCCUUGUUAUCCUUGAUUUAUAUGAAUUCUAUGUACAUUUUGCAUCUGCUUGGCUUCAGCGAAAUUUGAAAGGUCUUUUGUUGAUGGUGCAACCGCUCUUGAUUACAUGCACCAAUGGGCAUAUCCCAUAUGAAGUAGAUAUGGAAAAUCUCAAGAACAUCCUUUACCAUAUAGCAGAGUUGUUGGCUAGCGAUUUGUCUGUGGAUGAUGCAGGAUCAGGGCAUGGGACUACAAAAAAUCACCCAUGUAAUUUAAAUAGAGAAACAAUGCGCUCAUUUUCAGAAGAUGAGAAAUGGCAUAUUAUAGGGGCUUGUUUGUGGCAGCACAUGUCCAGAUUAAUGAAACAUAAGCUGCAUUUGCUAUCCAUUAAUGUUGAAGAUAGUUGCUUCUCUGGAGCAUCCCAUAGCAAAGUUACUUCCUGGGCAUCUAGUUCAAUGAAUUUUCGAUCUGAUAACAGCAUAGCAGAACAAAUUGUAUCACUCUCAUUGAUAUUAUCUAAGGUACUGAAGACCACACUCAUACAUCUUUCAUCUUAUCAUAUAAAAGUAUUCGGCUCAUUCCUGCUACUGAAAGUAGAGAAUAGAUUGCCCAUGCCAACUCUUGCAUGGAUACGAGAAUCUAAUCCGUCUCAAGCCGAAGUCCUCUAUCAGGAUGCAAGUGCAGACAUAAUGAACAGCAAAGAUGAAUUAUCAACUUUUGACAUAUUAUGGGACACCUGUGCUGACCCUAACCUAAUAAUAGAAGGUUUUGCACAAGAAAAUAUAAACUGGUUACAAUUUGUCAAUCAUGGAUCCUCUGAAGACUGGAGUGGUUUAUAUAAGAGCAUCAGAGAGGACUACGAAACCAAGGAAGUUCUAGAUCAGGAAGUGAGGUUAGGAAAUAAUCCUUCCAGUGAUGAAGUUGAAUCAUCUGCUAAGGGUUUAUUUAAGAAUGGCCGAGCUUUUCUAACUUCAUGGCAGAAGGACUCAACUAUUGCCAGGGAGGUGCCACAUUUCCAAACUGCUAAAGAAAUCUAUAAGAGAGACGGAGAGCUGUUGGAGGCACUCUGUAUUAACUCUGUCUGCGAAAGGCAAGCUGCAAUUUCUAGCAACAGAAAGGGCAUAAUUUUCUUUAGUUGGGAAGAUGGGAUUCCUUUUGGAGAUCAAUCAGAAUAUAUCUGGUCUGAUGCUGAUUGGCCACCAAAUGGUUGGGCAGGUGCUGAAUCAACUCCAGUUCCAACUUGUGUUUCUCCUGGUGUUGGUCUUGGGAGCAAGAAAGGGGCACACCUUGGGUUGGGUGGGGCAACCCUUGGCAUGGGUUCUUUAGCAAGACCAAGGAGAGACUUGACAGGCGGUGGAGCAUUUGGUAUUCCAGGUUAUGCUGGUAUUGGUGCCUCUGGCUUAGGUUGGGAAGUACAGGAGGAUUUUGAGGAGUUUGUUGACCCACCAGCUACCUUGGAAAAUAUAAGUACAAGGGCUUUCUGUAGUCACCCCUCAAGACCCUUUUUUCUGGUUGGAUCCAGCAAUACUCACAUUUACUUGUGGGAGUUUGGUAAGGACAAAGCCACUGCAACUUAUGGUGUGCUCCCUGCUGCAAAUGUUCCUCCGCCAUAUGCCCUUGCAUCAAUAUCAGCUUUGCAGUUUGAUCACUGUGGACACAGGUUUGCUACAGCUGCAUUAGAUGGAACUGUAUGCACAUGGCAGCUUGAGGUUGGAGGAAGAAGCAACAUCCGCCCAACAGAAUCAUCUCUCUGCUUUAAUGGCCAUGCAUCGGAUGUUGCAUAUGUUACCUCAAGUGGAUCAGUUGUUGCUGCUGCUGGAUAUAGCUCCAAUGGUGUUAAUGUAGUUGUCUGGGAUACGUUGGCUCCUCCCACAACUUCACGAGCUUCAAUUGUUCGUCAUGAAGGUGGUGCUCGCUCCAUUUCAGUGUUUGAUCACGACAUUGGAAGUGGUUCCAUAUCUCCCCUUAUUGUAACUGGUGGUAGAGGUGGUGAUGUUGGACUUCAUGACUUUCGGUACAUAGCAACUGGAAGGACUAAAAGGCAUAGGCAUUUUGAUAAUGGUGAUGGAAGAAGCAAUAUGCCUUCUAAUAUGGACUUGCAAGCAGGGGUUGGUAAGAAAGUAGGUGACCAGAAUCAGAACGGGAUGCUUUGGUACAUACCAAAGGCUCACUUGGGAAGUGUCACCAAAAUAUCCACCAUCCCUCAUACCAGCUUAUUCUUAACUGGAAGCAAAGAUGGAGAUGUUAAACUUUGGGAUGCCAAAGCGGCCAAACUGGUUUAUCAUUGGCCCAAGUUGCAUGAAAGGCGCACCUUUUUGCAACCGAGCUCACGUGGUUUUGGCGGAGUUGUUAGGGCUGCAGUAACAGACAUACAAGUUGUUUCUCAUGGUUUUCUUACUUGUGGUGGAGAUGGCUUGGUAAAGUUGGUUCAGCUUAAAGAUAACCUGUUUGAGAAAUAAUGAAGUUACUAAGAAGCUCAUGAAUCGGACUCCCCAGUGGUAGCUUGAUGCAAUUUUCCCAUCAGAGACUUUGUUGUUUAUCAUCAACAAUCUGUCAUAUUUGAUCAGUUAUAAAUCUGGAACUUACAUGAAUUUCAAUGACAGACGAAUUUGGGUCAUGUUAUUAGAUCCUUCUCUCGUCUGGUCAUGGGGUGCAAGCGAUUCAGAACACUGGUGAAGUCCAAUGGCUGCAACCCUGAUAUUCUUUUUCACACAUAAUUCAUCAGGUAUCUUAUUGAAUUCGUUGCAAAGUCCAGCGUUUCUGAACAGGAUGAAAUCAGUCACAUUGAUUGACCUUUGCGGUUGGAUCGUUGAUGUGUCUAGGAAUUUUCAUUUGGCCAUCAGUUUCUGCUUGGAGGGGUUCUUUGAGAUUGGCAAAGAAUCAGUGCCCAGACAAUCAUCAUUGUAUAUAUUUUGACGUCAGCUAUUUUCUGCGUGAUGUUAAAAACAGCAGAAUCCGUUUGCAAUUGUUUUUUUAUUUCUGUUUUAUAUAUUUUCCUUUUUUUUAUAUUAUUUUCGAUUUGCAUUUGUAGUUUGGAAGCAGUGGAAUUUUUUCUUUUUCCCUGCCGAAAGUAAACACAAUAUAAAGAUAUAUAUUUUUAUGAGAGAAUGUUAUUUUAAUGUA